CCCAUCUUGCAGCCCAUCUUGCAGCCCAUCUUGCAGCCCAUCUUGCAACGCAGCGCAAUCCCUCUCCGGGUUCUGCAUUUCUUGCCAUCGUCGUCGCCGUCUCGGCUCCGCAUUUCCUGCUCCUCUCGCUUGUCCUGAAGCCCCCUCAUCAAUCCAUACCGCCGCGCCGAGCCUCCAAAGUCUUGACCACAACACCAGCCCCAGCAUGCCGGCCACCACCGAGCGUUCGCAGAGUCAGGUCCAGCAGCGUCUGGGCGAGCUGUUUAUCAUCGAGCAUCAGCCAUUCGUGCUUAAAGCACGGUUACCAGCACAGAUUGUCUCUAAAGGGACCCCCGAGGAGGCACCUCAGCACAUGAGUCUCACAGUGUGGCACCAAGGCGACAUUGAGAGCGUAUACGAAUGCUUUUACGACCCGCCCAGGCCCGAGAUCUUCAGCCUCCUGUCAUCUCCAGGUGGCAUCCACAGGAUUACGCCGCAAGAGGAUAAUGAAAGUGGUGCCGAAAGCGCUUCGCCUGAAAAGCUGCUGCUUGUGCUGAAAGACCAGACCGAGUCGGAGAUCCAAGUCGAGCUUGCCCGAAGACGGAUAAGCGACCCGUAUGAGAGUCUCCGCAAUGAAUGCGACCGACUUUCGUUCCUGAGCAGCACCCACAACGAUGAAAUCCAGAGCCUGCAGCGGCGUCUGACCUUCCAGGUUCAGGGAUCGCUCGGCAGUGUCGACAGCGCAGCAGGUAGCAAAGCCCGACGCAAGCCGAAUGGCGGAGAAGAAGUCGAGGUUCUUAUGGCCCAGGUGAUCGAAGAUUAUCACCAGGGUAGCUACGAGCGCGCCAAGGAGCGGCUGGACGCAAUCCUCAAGAGCAACCCCGCAUAUCCACAGGCCCAUCACUACAUGGGUCUGCUAUACUAUUAUGGACAUGGCGUCGAGCUCGACUACACCGUUGCAUUCAGCUGGUUCAAGCAGAGUGCCGAAGGAGGUGUCGUCGAGUCACAAAACUACCUCGGCGAAUGCUAUAUGUACGGCCAUGGAACAGCUCAGGACUCGAAAAAGGCCAUCCGCUGGUACAAGAAGGCUGCUGAGCAAAACUGCCCUUUUGCACAGACAAGUCUGGGACUCUGUCACCAGUCCGGUACCGGAGUCGACCAGAGCGACGAGCUGGCAGUCUCCAAUUUUGUGGCUGCUGCACAGCAAGGCCAUACAGAGGCACAGAUUCUGCUGGCAUCAUGCUAUGAAACCGGAAGCGGCGUCGCCAAGGACAUGGAGCAGGCGGUCCAUUGGCUCCGGUUGGCUGCAGAGCAAGGCGAUCCAGAUGCCCAGUGCCGACUUGGUCUUUGCUACCAGAACGGCAGCGGCGUCCCAGUCGAUAAUGAAAAGGCAGUCGAGUGGUUCACCAAGAGCGCCGAUCAAGAUUUUUCCGAUGGACUGAACCACCUUGGCUACUGCUACGAGCAUGGUUUGGGCGUCGAGGAGAGCGCCAAGACGGCCGUGCGGUAUUACCGAAAAGCCGCUGACCAUGGCAAUCCCGUGGCAUACUUCAACCUCGCCAUUUGCUUCGAAAACGGCAUCGGUACCAAGAUCAACCUGCCGAUGGCGUUUUCAUGUUUCAAGGAGGCCGCCCAACACGGCGAUCCGGAUGCACAGUACAAUAUGGGUCGAUUUUUGCAGCUCGGUAUCGGUGUUUCCGUCGACAUCAAGCGGGCAAUUGGACUCUUCAGAAAGUCGGCCGACCAAGACAACGCGGACUCUCAAUUCAGCCUUGGAGAGUGUUAUGCCAAGGGGACUGGUGUGAAGCAAGACUGGACCCAGGCUGCGAUGUGGUACAACGAGGCAUCGAUCAACGGACACCCUCUGGCACAAUAUGCACUCGGUCGCUGCUACAAGAAAGGACUUGGUGUGAAAGUCAGUCCGGAGCUGGCCGUGAAAUGGUUUUCCAAGUCGGCGCAUCAAGGCGUCGCGGUUGCCCAAGGCAACUUGGGUCUCUGUUACGAAAGCGGCUUUGGCGUACAAGUAGAUCUUGAAAGGGCCGUCGAGUGGUAUACCAAGAGUGCCGAUCAAGGCAACCCAGCUGCCCAAUGCAACCUCGCCAUCUGCUACGAGCAUGGGUUUGGCGUCAAGCAGGACUAUCUGACGGCCGUUUCAUACUAUCUCAACUCUGCGUCACAAGACGAUAGCCUCGCGGCGUGCAAUCUCGGCGUGCUCUUUGAGAACGGACACGGAGUGCCACAAGAUUAUGAAGAAGCCGUGCGCUGGUAUCGACAGUCAGCUGAAGCCGGAUAUGCAGCCGGCCAGUGCAACCUUGGCCGCUGCUUCCAGAAUGGCCAUGGCGUACAAAAGGAUGUCAAGGAGGCCGUCAAGUGGUACCGGCUUGCUGGCGAGCAAGGCGACGUCGAUGCCCUGUUGCUCCUGGCAUACUGUCUCGAAAACGGAAUCGGAAGCGAGAAGAACCUCGAGAAGGCCGCCGAGUGCUACAUGAGAGCGGCGGAUCUGGGCGAACCCUCGGCUUACUACGGCCUGGGUGUCUGCUACCACAAGGGGCGUGGUGUCAACGAAGACUACAAGGAAGCAGCCAAGUGGUAUAGCAAGGGCGCCGAGGCUGGCCACGCCGAGUCCCAGUACAGCUACGGCCUAUUGUUUGAGAAGGGAUAUGGUGUCCAUCGGGAUCUCAAGGAGGCUGUUUUCUGGUACAAGCGCGCCUCUGACCAAGGCCUGACACAAGCCCACUGGUCGCUGGGUCUGUGCUACGAGCGCGGACUGGGUGUCGAAAAGAACUAUCCAAAAGCCCUCGACCUCUACGGAAAGGCAGCCAAAAAGGGCCAUAGCCGAGCGAUCGCCCGGAUCAGCGCGCUUCACAACCUGCCUCCCAUCACCAACCAGGGGCCCACAACCCUCGAUGUCAUUCUAGAAGAGCCCACUCUUGAGGCUGCUGAGGAUACGGCCGAUGCGCUUCCCGAACGCAAGCCGUCCAUCAUCGACAGGGUCAGCAACCUCCGGACGCGAAUGAGGCCGAUCUCUGAGCUUAUUCCCAGCUUUCGGGCUUCUGAGUCCAAGAGCACAAGCGCUGUGGCCGGUGCAGGAAUUGGUACAAAGCUGCCCGCUGCUGUCUCCAGACUUCGCCAGAAAGGUGCCCGCGAGUCGUUCAUCGAUUCUCUCAACACUGCAUUCAGCACCGUUUCUGUUUCUGCCACCUCUGCUGUCGUCUCGGCUGCGACGACGGCGUCAACUCUCAUUUCGGCAGCCGGCAGCACUGUCGAGGUUGUGUCCAGACAGAUGGUCAGCUCCGAGACCGAGACUGAGACCGAGACUGCAUCACCUGACGAUGGCCCGUCCGAGAUGUACGCCAAAGCGGUCCUGAGCUUCAUGGGGAAGCGAUACGACGAUGCCUUCCGCCUGUUUCUGCGAGUUUCCCGGCACGACCACCCGCGAGCCUUCUACUAUCUUGGACUCUGCUUCCGGCACGGAUACGGAACCGAGCCUGAUCCCGAACGCGAGUUUAUCAACUUCAAGCUCAGUGCCGAGCUCAACCAUCCCGAAGCGCAAUGCUGCCUGGGCGAGUGCUACGAAAAGGGCCGCGGUACCGCCCGAGACCUCGUUGCCAGCUUCAACUGGUACCAAAAGGCGGCCGAGUCCGAGUCUCUCCCAACCGUCCUCAAUCUCGCCCGGGCGUAUGAGCGCGGAAUCGGAACGGAGCCGUCGGUACCGGAGGCGUACAAGAUAUACAAGAAGCUCGCGCAAACGGGGUACCCCGAGGGCGAAUAUAACCUUGGGCGUCUCCUGGCAGUCGGGGUGGCCUCCGACGGCAGCGAUGCUGAGAUCAAACCCGAUCUCGUGGCUGCCUUUGAGCUCUUCCGGAGAGCCGCAAGCAAAGGCCUGCCACAGGCACAGGCUAAGGUCCAGGAUCUUUCCGCGCUGAUGGGCAUCUCUCCGCAGCCACAGGACGAAGAAAGCGAGGAGGAAGACGAAAAUACCGAUGGAUACUACGCCUUCUAUAGCUGAGGACGAGAGAACAUGGAUGGCUUGGCGAGUGUGUCUCCAAUACAGCCGUUCGAAACGAAACGGGACGGUGCCCAUUGUA